AACAGUUGAACAUCCAGGGGCAAAACAGCCACCAAUGUACACUGAAGACUGCCAAAAGAUAUUCCCUGAUUUACAGCCAGACACAAAGUACAGGUUCUAUGUGUCAACAAUGCUGAACGAUCAGUACAGUGAGGCAGUCUCAGCAACUAUAAACACAGAGUCACUUCUCAGGGAGAUGCUGUCAAUGAUAGGACUUCAAGACCAGUAUGACAAGCUCACACUCAGCACUGUUAUGAAGAUAAAUCAAAAUGAUACAUCAGAGAACAAACUCGAAACUUCUCAUUCUGAGGCAUUUUUGAAGAAACUUAUGAUGCUGAAUGCAAAUGCUAGAAAUGUCAGAUGUGUGCCUUGCGAUGAAUACACACACAAGAACAAGACCAUCAAUCCCAUGGACCUGAUAACUGCAUUGAUUCUUUGUUCAGACAGCUUUCUUCAGCAGAACAUUGUUUCUAAAAUGGCACUCUGCCAGUUUGCUGUCCCGCUCUUACUGCCCAACUGUGAAACAAAAGAAGUCACAUUGAUGCUGUGGUCCAUGCGUGAAAUUGUCAGAAACGUCACACCGUCAAACCAGGCAAGAAGGUUGAGAUGUGAAGAAAGAAUUGUGUUCUCUAAUAUUCCUCUGGUGUCGUUUGUCAGGCUGGGGAAGGCAGUCUUAUCCAAAUCUCAGAUACUGAACAAACUGUUCAGUAACACUGAUACAUUUCAUCACCGUAACAUGGUGUGUGGUAAUGUCGCCAGGAAGAUUUCAAACGGGCUAGUCGAAAUCAGCUGGUACCUCCCAUGUGGGAAGAGUAACGUUGAUAAAUUCAAUGAACCACUGGCUGUCGCCAACCUCAGAGGAGACAUCCAGAUCUUUGACAAGCAAUUCAAGUUCCUCUGCCAGACUUCUGCAGUCAUUUACAUAUUCUGUGAUGAAUCAGAAACUGACUACUUCAAGCAUCUGGAGAGUAAAGAUGUGAAAGGAAAUGUCAUUUUGAUUAGCAGCUUCCAGGAGAAAAGCUUCACACUCAAAAUGAUGACGAUGGAACCACAGUUAAAGAUAACUGAUAUAACCCAAAAGAAAAAGACUGAUGCAGAGCUGACAAAAGCUCUCAAUGAAUCAAUCUCAAGGAUGCUAGAAAACUGCCCAUCCAAAGUGUCACUGGAAAAUCUGGUUGACACAGCUUGCCUGUAUGGGUUUCUCGUUGAUGAAAAUAGUGAUUAUUGCAAGAGUGCGCGGGAGAAUGCAAAUGCUAUCACUAAACAUGUUCGUAACACCUCCGAAUUCAAAGAAAAACAACUGAUUUACCAGGGACACAUCUGGAAAGUGAUUUCGUGGCUGGAAACUGAGUGCUGGAGACUGCGAAGAGCUGGCAACCGAAACACUGAAGACUACCGCACAUAUUUGAUGAGAAAAGAAAGGGGUCAUAGAAGAAGCCAGCAACAAUUUGAGAUGACAGCUGCAAUAUCAAGCUUCUUUCAUGGGGUCAGCUCAGAAGUGCAACGCUACUAUUUCCUUAAAUGGUUGGAAAUGGAUCUGGACAAUCUGUCCCGGGAAGAACUGUCAGUUCUGAAGGAUCGAUACAAAGAGCUAAGCCAGACAUUUCCCCAAGACUGCGAAAAAAUUGCGGAGAUUGACAAGCAAAUAUCUGUUCAUUCUUUAUGCCUGGAUCACUUUUUUCGAGAAUGUGGGCAACUGUACGAAUGUGUAGAUUGCCUACCAGAACACAGCAGUCAGAGAAAAAACAUACAACAACUACCUGCACUGUGUGCUCAAAUGCUGCUGGAUGGUUUCCCUCUUGAGCUUGUCGAUGGAGAUGUAGCAAACAUCCCGAUGAAAUGGAUCACAGAGGUGCUUACUCAGCUUCACUACAUUUUGCAGUCUAACAGUAAGCUCAAGGUCAUAACAAUCAUUGGAGCUGAAAACUCAGGAAAAUCGACUCUGCUCAACACCAUGUUUGGGGUCAGGUUUGCCGUCAGCAAAGGAAGAUGCACCAGAGGGGCAUUCAUCCAGGUGAUCACUGUCAACAAAGACAUCAGCGAGGAAUUGGGGUGUGACUGCAUCAUAAUCAUUGACACAGAGGGACUGAAGUUGGAUCAGUUGGUUCAAGAUGAUCACAGCCAUGAACGUGAUAGGGAAGUAGCAAGCCUCGCUGUGGCAUUAAGUGACGCCACAAUCGUCAGCAUUUUCAAGGACACCUCAAGUAAGCAAGACAUCUUAGAGAAGGUGCUUCAUGCUUUCACAAGAUUAAAGGAUGUGGGAACAAAGCCACUGUGUCAUUUUGUGCAUAGUAACAUGUCUGACAUGGAAAGGACUGGAGGAAGGAGAACUGGUCAAGACUUGAUGGAAGAGCUCAAUCAAAUGAUCCAGAAGGACACUAGGAUGAAGAAGGCCAACGUCACCAAGAUCUCUGAUGUGAUGGAGUUUGAUCCAGACACUUGCAGCAGGGACAUUCCUCCACUUUGGGAUGGGACUCCACCAAUGGCUCAUUUCAGUGUUGAGUACAGUGAAACUGCUCAUGCUUUGAAAAAGCAACUAAUAGGAGACCUCAAAAGGUGCAAGAAUAGGGGUGAUCUGACACAUUUUACCAGGAGGGUGGAAAGUUUCUGGAAGGCUUUAUGAGAAAUGAAGCCACAGGAAACUGAUGUGAA